UUGCUCACGGACAGGAUCGCGUUCUGUGCUGCCUCCCGGUGGAGGAUGAGGACGACUACCGCACUUGACACCAGGUCUUGGUCUAUCGCGCAAUCAUUUGCGCAGCCAUCGUAAAAAGGUUAAUGUCCGAUCACUCCGCGAGUUGGUCAUCUAGUACAUUCGUUAUUCCAUGGCACGAGUCAGGGCACCUGGGGCGGCUGGUGUGCGGUGCAAUUGUUACAGACAGUUACAGGUCACUUGUACAAAGUUUCCUGUUUUUUUUCGUACGAUCCUCGUACGCGAAGCUCGUCAAGCUGUGGCCACAACCGCAAACCAUGGGGUCAAAAAAGCACAAAAAACACAAACGGGAAAGGAUCGAAGAAUACGAACGAUACCCGACGGCGACGAUUGGGGAGAAGCCGCCGAGCCUGAAGCUGAUCCUGAAGGUCGGCAACUGUGGCACGCCUGAGUCUCCCGGUUACGAGUCACCUAAUCCCACCACUACGGCGUCGACGACGACGUCGACGACGGGGGCGACGCUCUUGACCGACCAUCCCGCAGCAACGCUGGCCGCCGCGAUGCCGAACGCGGGGGCAGCGGCCAUGCUGUCCCACCGCUAUCAAGGUAUGGAGUACUCCCUCGCCCCCACGGAAUCCGAGUACGACCGCUACAUGGGCCACAAGAAGCUGAAGAAGAAGAAGAAGAAGAAGGACAAGCGACACAAGCAUCACAAGGAGAAGAAGCGACGCCGGGAGGAGUCGAGCCAGGAGUCGGUAGGUGACGCAGCAGAUGCAGAAGACGGCGUCGUGCCGACCACGCCUGCGCCGGUUUCGGGGCCAACCCCGAUCCCAAUGGUAGCGACGGUGACGACGCCGGUGGUGCCAGAGACGGCCAAGAAGCAGCCACCCCUGGAGGCCGCAGCAGCGGGUCCGGGUAGCGGUCUCUCGCCGCACCGCGAGCCUCGCACCUGCGUCCUCAGGAAGAUCGCCGAGCGCACCCCUCUCCAGAGGUUGCUGGAGCACCUGCUGAGGUCUCUGGAGAAGCGCGACCCCCAACAAUUCUUCGCCUGGCCCGUGACCGACAACAUCGCUCCCGGGUACUCGCAGAUCAUCGCCAACCCGAUGGACUUCAGCACGAUCAAGCAGAAGAUCGACGAGAACGCGUACCGCAACCUGACCGAGUUCGUUGAUGACUUUAAACUGAUGUGCGACAACGCGACGACCUACAACCAUCCGGACACGAUCUACUUCAAGGCGGCGAAGAAGCUGCUACACGUGGGCCUGAAGAUGAUCACCCCGGAGAAGCUGGCCCAGCUCAGGCCGGUCUUGACGUAUAUGCGCGACAUCUCGAGAGACGAGCUAGGCUUCGACCUUGGCCUCGAGGACCCUGAGAACUUAGACGGACCCAUCCUAACCGAGGAGCAGAUCGAGAAGGAACGGGAAAGAGAGGAACGCCACGAGGAAGAGGCUGAAGAGCUGCGCAAGGAGAACCGCAGGAAGAUACGUUUAGCUGGUCUUGGAAAAUUUGAGGCCAUCCCUGACGACAUGACCCCUGAAGAGAUCCUGAGCCAGGCAAGGGGCGCCGCCAAGACGGCCGCGGAUAAAUUAACCCUAAAGAGGCUGGAUUCCAAGAUGGGAUUCUUGCGCCAGAAGAAGGACGGCACCACCAGUCUGCAGAUUAUCGUUCCAGGUGACGGGGUCAUCCCGGGGACCAACCAGAGGCCCGUGUCCUUGGGACAGCUCAUCGGCAAGCUGAACCACGGGACCGGGGCUUUGGCAGGGUUCCGGGAGGACCGGCGCAACAUGUCCAAACCGGUGAAGCCGCUUUAUUACGGCGCCUUCGGAUCCUACGCUCCCAGCUACGACUCGACCUUCGCCAAUCUCACCAAGGACGAGACCGACCUCGUUUACCAAACCUACGGCGACGAGACCGCCGUCCAGUACGCCGAGUCCAUCCUCGACUUCGCCAAGGACUGCGACUACACCCUGACCAUGGUCGACGACCUCCUGGACAUCCUCACCGGCGGGGACCACCGCAAGACGAAGAAGCUUCUUGAGGAGAAGAGGCGCCUCCGUGAGGAGGAGGAGAAGAUCGAACACCUGCUGGAGAAGCCCCCCAGGGAUGCCGAUCGCAACCAGAAGCUCGACAAAGUCAAGGUUGACGUGGACCAGCUGAAGACCCUGUCGGAGUUUGGGAUCGACGUCAACUUCUUGGACAAUAUCGAGGAGGAACUCAAGCUGAGCGAAGAGCGGUUAGCUUUGCAGAACAGGCUGGACGACACCUCGCAGAUGUUGGGUCGCCUCCGAAGAGCGCAACAUGACCGGUUGUCUGCCCCGCCUCCGGCGCAUCUCUCGAACGUACCGAAGCCCCAGGAGUCCGAGAUGAUGCUGGCGGAGAAGAUUACCGAGAGUCUUGCGGAUAUCGCGAAGAAGUUGCCACCCUCGGCUAUCGCACCCAUCGAUGGACUCAGGCGCGCCAUGGGCAUCGCCACGGUCGGCGCCCAGGAACCGAUGGACGUCGACCCGGUUCCAUCCACCGAUGGCUCGGCGUUGACUCCUAGAACGGAUAGGGUGACGCAAAACUUGAUGACGACUCAGAGUCCACCGUCCGUUCGAGGGGCCGACCUGUUGGCGACUGCUGGAGCGCCUGGAUCAUCUGUGGCUGCUGGACCCCAGGGUCAGCAGCAGAUCGGUAUGGCUGCUCCCGGCCAACAGUCCGUCAGCAUGCAAAUGGGCUUGGGACACGAUCAGAGCAAUCCUCUUCUUGGACCAGAGGCCACCUCCGUUGCCGUUCCUGUUGUGGUUUCGGUACCGGUCCCUGUUCCCGUGGUACCCGACCUGGAGUCAGAACUUCGCGAAUUCCUCGAGAGCGAUCCCACUCUGGGCCACUCGCCUCUCCACGACGACAAGACGCUCGAAGACAUUUUGUCCGAGUCUUAGCUGUAAACCCACUAGGUCGAGCUUUAUUUAUGUGUAUACAUCGUCGCGGUUACGAGAGGCUGUACAUACUUAUUACGAUCUGUUGAUAUGAUAAGCUUAAAGAGUUCGAGGAAUACCAAUAAAAAUCGUGUCGUCUUUUGCAUUUA